CUCGCUCGCCACCUUUGCAAGGUGUGCGGGUCCCGAGUGCUUGUGCAUUCUUACAUUUGUUCGCUUAGCUGAAGGAACAGCUGGGGCGUUCUUUCAGUCUCACUUUGUCGCAGAGAACUCCGAGUUCGACGUCCGUCACUAUAAGCCACAUUUCCUGCUGGUCAGGUCUCCCUUCCCGCAAUAUCGAAUGCUACGUUGGCCGCUCUGCAUGAGCAGUCACAUACUUGGCACGAGCCAUGGAACGAGAGACGUCUCCACAGGCCACCAGCCACCACGCGGGAGAACCAAGAAGACAAGACACUGGCACUCCACCCUGGGAACGAGCCGCUACUAAGCAAGUGCCAUUCGCCGACGCAGGUACUGCAAACGAGCUCUCAGCAGCAGAACGUCAUGCUUUGCCCGCACUCUGGACGGCACGCAGUAACAGUGUCUCUGGACGUGAUGCAAGCAAAAAGGAGCCAAGUCCCAAGCAGCACUCCCGCAAGUACCAUUCGAUCAGUGAAGGAUCGCCCGUCGAGCCACAUGGCCAACAUUGGAGUGCUGGCCAACCAGCGCCUUACGAGACACCGCUGGACUUCGCGCCUACGAUGAGCACGGCCGCCUCACGGUCUGGCCUCGUGAACCCUGUCAGGAUUCCCGGAGGACCUGCGCCACCAUUGACGCCGCCGGAUAGCACACGUGGCAAGUCACUGGAUCACACGGACGCGAACUCAGAUGAGGAUCAUUCUGGAAUCAGGGUACUUCCGGGCACAAUGUCGACCAGACCUACGGCGAAAUCGCACAGCUCACGUCAAACAAAGAGUGAUGAUGCAGCAGAACCCGCACGCCAAGCAGACAAGUUUGGCAAUCGGAUGAGAUCAGCCCUCUCUGGCAUCUUCAAGAAGAGAACUUCGAAUGAGGAAGAUUUCGUCAGAAUUGGUGACAAGCACUGGACUGAGGAAUAGGAAUUAUCACUGUGUCACCGAGAUGAGACACAUAUCGAAGACUGAUGAUGAGAUUGUAGAUGAAAUUGUCCUGAAGACUGUCGAUUGCUGUAGAUGUCUGAUGACUUACGAAGAUCUCUUUUACAUAGCUUUAGCCGGACAGCUACAUGCUUCCUGCAGGAUUUGAAGAUCUGGAUCCUUCGCCAA